ACGAUCCCAAAACUUGUCCCCAUUUUCUCUCUCUCUAUGAAUUAUGAAUUAUUUGUUUCUCUCACUAGAACUAAAUAUCCUUUCCUUCAAUUCUACACUGCCCCCCACCCCCGCUAUAGCUACUUUUUGCAGCCGACGCCAUUUCUCCCGGCUUUCUCUCUCUAGCCGACGCCGUUUUUCCCGGCUUUCUCUCUCUAGCCGACGCCAUUUUUUCUGACCUUCUCUCUCUCUACUAUUAAUACAGUAAAAUCAUCAUCGGAAAUUGUACUCCCAAUCGGCAAUUAGAGCAGCAAAUACACCCAUGGCCGAAGACGAGCCAGUGAUUUACCUACAUGGAGACUUGGAGCUGCACAUCUUCGAGGCGCGUGGCCUCCCAAACAUGGACCUCGUCACCGAGCGCCUCCGCCGCUGUCUAACCGUCUGCCGCACCGCCGACGGCGACGGCGUCGCCGUCGGCGACGGUGAUGCGAGCGAGCGCGGCAGCGGCAGAAGAAGCCAGCACGACAGGAAGCUCCACCACCACCGCAAGAUCAUCACCAGCGACCCUUACGUCACGGUCUCCGCUCCCCAGGCCACACUCGCCCGCACGCGCGUGCUCUCCAACUCCCAAAACCCCAAGUGGAACGAGCGGUUCCAUAUCCCCUUAGCCCACCCCUUGUCCUGCUUGGACAUCCGCAUCAAGGACAACGACAUGUUCGGCGCCGACACCAUCGGUAAGGUCUUGAUUUCAGCUGCCAAAAUCGCCUCCGGCGACGAAAUCUCCGGCUGGUUCUCGGUCAUUUCCUCCACCGGCAAGCCGCCGAAACCCCACACAGCGCUUCGUCUCCAGAUGAAAUUCACCCCGUGCGACGAAAACCCGCUGUACAAACACGGCAUUGCCGGCGAUCCCUUACACAGAGGGGUUAGGAACACGUAUUGCCCCCUCCGGAAAGGGAGCUCCGUAACUCUGUACCAGGACGCCCAUGUCAAGAACGACGAUAAAUUACCGAAAAUCGAGCUGGAUGACGGGUUAGUGCGAGAGCACGCCACGUGUUGGGAGGAUAUAUGCCACGCCAUAGCAGAGGCGCAUCAUUUGAUAUACAUUGUCGGGUGGUCCGUUUUCGAUAAGGUUAGGUUGAUUAGGGAACCGACUAGACCUUUGCCCCGAGGGGGAGACUUGACGCUCGGUGAAUUACUCAAGUAUAAGUCGCAGGAAGGGGUUCGAGUUCUGCUAUUGGUUUGGGACGACAAGACCUCACACGAUAAAUUGUUUAUUAACACGGCUGGAGUCAUGAGAACACAUGACGAGGAGACCAAGAAGUUUUUCCGGCAUUCGUCUGUGAUAUGUGUUUUGUCUCCCCGUUACGGGAGCAGCAAACUUAGCUAUAUGAAACAACAGGUUGUUGGGAAUCUCUUUACACACCAUCAGAAAUGCGUUCUUGUUGACACACAAGCACAUGGCAAUAAUCGAAAAAUUACUGCCUUUUUAGGUGGUAUUGAUCUGUGUGAUGGCCGUUAUGAUACGCCUGAGCAUCGACUAUUCUGUGAUCUAGAUACUGUUUUUAAGAAUGACAUUCAUCAGCCUACAUAUGCGGAAGGUAUAAAAGCUCCCAGGCAGCCAUGGCAUGAUUUGCACAGCAGAGUCGACGGACCUGCUGCCUAUGACGUUCUUAUAAACUUUGCUCAACGUUGGCGGAAAACAACCAAGUGGAGAGAAUUUAGUUUUAUUAAGAAAAGAAUGUCUCACUGGCACGACGACGCUAUGCUAAAAGUCGAGCGAAUAUCAUGGAUACUGAGUCCUGCCAUUGCUCUUUCCAAAGACGGAACAUACAAAGCUUGCCCGGAGGACGAUCCUAAGCUAUAUGUGUCUAAGGAAGAACACCCAGAAAAUUGGCAUGUGCAGAUCUUCAGGUCCAUCGAUUCAGGGUCAGUCAGAGGUUUCCCAAAAUUCUAUGAUGAAGCUCAGGCACAGAACCUCGUAUGCUCCAAAGAUCUGGUAAUAGACGGAAGCAUUCAAACAGCAUACAUUCAAGCAAUAAGAUCUGCUCAGAAUUUUAUCUAUAUUGAAAAUCAGUACUUUCUUGGCUCUUCAUACGCUUGGCCUUCGUACAAAGAUGCUGGGGCUGAUCAUCUAAUCCCUAUGGAGUUGGCAAUGAAAAUUGCUAGUAAGAUAAGAGCUAACGAGAGAUUUGCCGUGUAUGUUGUUAUACCAAUGUGGCCCGAGGGCAAUCCCAAAGACAAUGUUGUGCAAGAAAUUCUCUUUUGGCAGGCCCAAACGAUGGAGAUGAUGUAUCAAUUUAUUGCCAAAGAGAUCAAAUCUAUGGGGCUUUUGGAUACACAUCCACAAGACUACUUGAAUUUCUACUGUCUCGGCAAUCGGGAAGCAGUUCCAACUACUGUUGAUGAGGUGCCUGUGAAUGCUGAUAAGAUUUCGGAGUCACACAAGUGUCAGCGCUUCAUGAUUUAUGUGCAUGCCAAAGGAAUGGUAGUGGACGAUGAGUAUGUAAUUAUAGGGUCGGCGAAUAUCAAUCAAAGAUCAAUGGCUGGUACAAAAGACACAGAGCUAGCAAUGGGUGCGUAUCAGCCUCAUCAUACUUGGGCAAAAAAGCAGCAACAUCCACAUGGCCAGGUCUAUGGAUAUCGAAUGUCGCUGUGGGCCGAACACCUUGGAAUGGUGGAAAAAUGUUUCAACGAGCCAGAAACAAUGGAGUGUGUGAAGAGAGUGAAUGAAGUUGCUGAAGAAAAUUGGAAGAGUUAUACAAACGAUGAAUUGACGUUAUUGCAAGGUCAUAUUCUAAAGUAUCCAAUGGAAGUCGGUAUUGAUGGCAAUCUAAGUCCUUUGACCGGACAUGAAAACUUCCCAGAUCUUGGAGGUAGAGUUCUUGGUGCUCAUUCUCCUAGUAUGCCCGAUGUUUUAACUACGUGAUAUUUAAGUGUCGAACCUAACAUCUUGUGCAGUGUUGUACUUCUAGAAUUGGUUGUUACUCGCUUUUUUUUUUUCUCGAAGGGGUGAUAAGUAUUGAUUUAAUUCGUGUUGAUUCGUUGUGUACAAAAAUAUGGAGAAAAAAAAUGAUGCAACUGAAGUUGAUAUGUUGUGAUUGUACCAUGUAGUUGAGCUCGAAGGAUGUAAUUGAAUAUUCUACAUAUUAUUUGUUGUGUCGUUGCAUUCUCA